AUGGCGGGAGGCGGUGAAGGUGCCACUCCUGCAAGGGAGCUCGAUCAGACGCCGACAUGGGCUGUUGCGGUGGUUUGUGCGGUUAUCGUGAUGAUUUCUAUAAUUUUGGAGAAAGUUCUUCAUAUGGUUGGAGAGUGGUUUCGAGAAAGAAAAAAGAACGCUUUGUUUGAAGCUCUCGAGAAAAUUAAAGGCGAGCUUAUGGUUUUAGGCUUUAUUUCUUUACUCUUAACGUUUGGGCAAAGCUACAUUUCUAGAAUAUGCAUUCCCAUGAAGGCUGCAGAUACAAUGUUGCCUUGCCCCCUUAGAGACGGGAGCCACUAUAAAGAAACACAGCCACAUGAUGAGCCUCAGAAGGGCGAGGGGGAACAUCAUCGCAAGCUCCUAUGGCAUGAGCGUAGAUAUCUAGCAGCUGAGGGCGGAGGUGCAGCUUGCAAGCCGGGGUUCGUGCCGCUUAUAUCUGUGAAUGGUUUGCAUCAGUUGCACAUCUUCAUAUUCUUUUUAGCAGUAUUCCAUGUGAUAUACAGUGCCUUAACAAUGAUGCUUGGAAGAUUAAAGAUUCGUGGGUGGAAGGUUUGGGAACGGGAUAGCAUAAAUGACCCCGAAUUCAUGAAUGAUCCUACAAGAUUCAGGCUUACUCAUGAGACAUCGUUUGUAAAGGAUCACAAUAGUUUCUGGACUAAAUCGCCGGUCACCUUCUACUUUGUCUGUUUCUUUCGACAAUUCUUUCGGUCUGUUCGUAGGGCUGACUACUUGGCUUUGCGACAUGGAUUUAUCACUGUUCAUUUAGCACCUGGAAGUAAGUUUGACUUUCAGAAAUAUAUCAAGAGGUCUUUAGAAGAUGACUUCAAGGUCGUUGUGGGAAUCAGUCCAAUACUAUGGGCUUCGGUUGUGAUCUUUCUGCUUGUUAAUGUUAGUGGAUGGGACGCUAUGGUUUGGGUGUCCAUACUUCCUCUAAUUGUGAUAUUGGCAGUUGGGACAAAGCUUCAAGGAAUAAUAACAAAUAUGGCACUUGAAAUCAAAGAAAGGCAUGCAGUGGUCCAAGGAAUACCUCUGGUGCAAGUCUCUGACAGGCAUUUUUGGUUUAGUUGGCCUCGAUUAGUUCUUUAUCUCAUCCAUUUCGUCUUGUUCCAGAAUGCAUUCGAGAUAACAUUUUUCUUUUGGAUAUGGUAUGAGUUCGGCUUGAGAUCUUGUUUUCAUGAGGAUUUUGCUCUCAUAAUUUUUAGAGUUGUCCUCGGGGUAGGAGUCCAAAUUGUGUGCAGCUAUAUCACACUUCCUCUGUAUGCCCUUGUUACUCAGAUGGGAUCAACCAUGAAGAAGUCAAUCUUUGACGAACAAACUUCCAAGGCCUUAAAAGAGUGGCAUAAAAAGGCUGUAAAGAAGAAGAAUGAUGUGAGGGGACCAGCUUCACCCCGGGCUUUGAAUGGAAGCAGCCCUGUUGACUCACCUCUGCAAUCCCCAGAACAUGCACAUCCACGCAACCAUGCGCCUGGUGCGGAAGCAGACAGGUCUUCUCCUAAACAAACGGCAGACAUCAUGGCCAGCGUGGAUCUUUCACGGGAACAACGUUCGAUGAGCAACGAUGGCUUCCGCGACCUUCUAAGUGGACCUUGA